AAAACCUAGAGGCGUUAUAUACAUUCCAGCAUCCCUCGUCCGCCUCACUCAAUCUUCUUCAAGUCCUCCCUUGCAACUCCAGUGAAAAAAUAGACUCGAGCUUUAGAAACACAAUGGCAGCUUUCCCAAACCUUAACUCUGAUUCCGGAUUGAAGAAGCUCGAUGAGCAUCUCCUCACACGCAGUUACAUCACUGGGUACCAGGCUUCAAAGGAUGACAUCACUGUCUUCACAGCACUUGCAAAGCCCCCAUCUUCACAGUAUGUCAACGCUUCUCGUUGGUACAACCACAUCGAUGCCCUCCUGAGGAUCUCUGGUGUCACUGCUGAAGGAAGCGGUGUCGUUGUUGAGGGAUCAGCCCCAGUCGCUGAAGAGGCUGUUGCUACUCCACCAGCAGCUGAUUCUAAGGAUGCUGCUGAUGAGGAAGACGAUGAUGAUGUUGACCUUUUCGGAGAGGAGACCGAAGAGGAGAAGAAAGCUGCUGAAGAGAGAGCUGCUUCCGUGAAGGCAUCUACUAAGAAGAAGGAAUCUGGAAAGUCAUCAGUUUUGAUUGAUAUCAAGCCAUGGGAUGAUGAGACCGACAUGAAGAAGCUAGAGGAAGCUGUGAGAUCCAUCCAGAUGGAAGGAUUAUUCUGGGGAGCGUCAAAGCUCGUCCCAGUUGGUUACGGUAUCAAGAAGUUGCAGAUUAUGUGCACAAUUGUUGAUGACCUUGUGUCUGUUGACACUAUGAUUGAAGAGCAGCUCACCGUCGAACCCAUCAAUGAGUUUGUCCAGAGCUGUGAUAUUGUUGCCUUCAACAAAAUCUGAGGAUGGAGUAAAGAGCUCAAGGAUGGCCUUUUUGUGUUUCUCUCUAUUUUGAUUAUUUGAGUUUCCUAUGUUUUGGAUUUGUGAUAUCUGAAUAAUUCUGAUGCUUAUGCCAUACAGUGUUCUCUUUAUAUCUCAUGUAUGAGUCAAAUUUACCAAAUGUCUCAUUAAAUUAUCUUUGAGUGGUUUGAACA